ACACUGCUGCGUGCACCGGGAAGCUCUAAAAAAAAAAAAAAAAAACCCAACUGGAAUUUAUCACCGCUUGCAUAAUAUUACACACAUCAACACGUGAGGUCAACAGCGCGCCCCGGUGUGGGGGACCGGACCGCGGGGACCGAAGCUGUCAGUAUUCCGCUGCUUGAAUACAAUAUUUGGACCGAGCACAACAACAGGGGACCUCACUCCCCUGUCUCUCAAAGUAGGAGCACUGCCUGCAACUUCUGAUUCCUCUCACAUGCAUGUGAACUUUGAAAACUUAUGUCAUUCCAUUUUUUUUGUUUUUGUUGGGGAUUCCUGGGACUUUUUUUAUUUAUUUCUGGCACACUUUUUGCGCACGCCUGUCGCACACUGAGUGGUGUGAUCUGAUUGUGUGAGAAACUUUCAAUCCGGGGCAGUGAUUUGAACCCCACUCUGCUUGGGACUUCAUGAUCAAGUUGUAGCCUAUAAAAAGCGGGAGGGCGAAGAAGGAUGCUUGGAAAAUAUUUAUAACAGCACACCAAGCGGAGGAGACCGAGUCUGUUCGCGAUACUCGAUUGAGCAGAAACCGAGGACCGUAAAUCACAAGGAGGCGCGCAGGGGCUGCAGAGGUGAACGAGGACAAGACAGGUUGGUGGCUCCAAAUUCAACGCGCGCUCGAGUUUCAGCUGCCCCGCUGGACUCUUCCUGGUAUUAACGCUGCGUGCAUUUGACCUGGGUUACGUUGUCAACAAGAGCAGCGAGCGGAGGCAAACUGGCAGCUGUACAAGUUCAUGUACAUGCAUACGUAAAUUCACGCCACUAUUUAUAGAAGUUGGGACGAGCAGCCUUAAUAAGUUUCUCCUCCCACCCGCCGGACCUGCAGCAGCUCUGUGCACGUGUCUAUAUAUACAUACACACACAUACACACACCGCACAGGCUGUUACUACUCUUCGCAAUCUGUAUCCGAGAGGGGAGCCCGCCGUCGGUUUGGCUGUGAGGGCAGGAGUCGUCGCAUGGACUGACAUGGCUACCGACCUGGCCAUGAGCGCGGAGCUGCCGAACAGCCCUCUGGCAAUCGAGUACGUCAAUGACUUUGACCUCAUGAAGUUCGAGGUGAAGAAGGAGCCUCCGGAGGCCGAGCGCUACUGCCACCGCCUCCCGUCAGGCUCCCUGUCCUCCACCCCGAUCAGCACCCCCUGCUCCUCCGUGCCUUCCUCGCCGAGCUUCUGCGCCCCGAGCCCGGGCGCGCAGCCCAACCAGAGCCUCACCAGCAGCGGCAUCAACAGCAGCGGCGGCAGCAACAGCAGCGGCGGCGGCAACAAUCACAGCGGCGGCGGGGGCGGCGCGGGCAAGCCACAGCUAGAGGACCUGUACUGGAUCCCCAGCUACCAGCACCACAUCAACCCCGAGGCGCUCAACCUGACCCCGGAGGACGCGGUGGAGGCCCUCAUCGGGAACGCGCACCACCACCACCACCACCACCAGGCCUACGAGGGCUUCCGUGGACAGCAGUACGCGGUCGGGGAUGACCUGUCCGUGGCCUCGGCUGCGCACCAUCACCAGGGCCACCACCACCACCACCAUCACCACCACGGCCACCACGCGCGCCUGGAGGACCGCUUCUCGGACGAGCAGCUGGUCAGCAUGACGGUGCGGGAGCUGAACCGGCAGCUGCGGGGCUUCAGCAAGGAGGAGGUGAUCCGCCUGAAGCAGAAGCGGCGCACCCUGAAGAACCGCGGCUACGCGCAGUCCUGCCGCUUCAAACGCGUGCAGCAGAGGCACAUGCUGGAGACGGAGAAGUGCAGCCUGCAGACCCAGGUGGAGCAGCUGAAGCAGGACGUGGUGCGCCUCGCCAAGGAGAGGGAUCUUUACAAGGAGAAGUAUGAGAAGCUGGCCAGCCGGACCUACUCUGUCGGGGGAGCCGCGAACACGAGAGACCCGUCCGGGAAACAGGCCGAGUUCUUCAUGUGAGAGACUGGACGAUUUGUAGCAUAGACUCUGAAUUACACAAGCCCACCUAAACAUCCUUGUUGCAUUCAUUUAUUUAUUUAUUUUUCUGCGUUUUGUUUUUUUUGCUUACAGUUAUUCCCUUCGACAAAGACUUCAAAACACAAGCAAACAAAUACGCAUCAGAUGCGCACAAAAGUAAUCCUUGUGAGCAUUUUUGAGUCUUAAAUAUGUUUUGGCUAAACUUAUGUACACGCUCACCUGUCAGGUGGGCACAAGGGAUCACUUAGUCUGCAUAGACGUUGUCUCUGGUGCACCAGCACCUGCAGGUCAGAAGUCUUAUUGAACCAUCUGGCAUUUCGAAUGACUGUCUUAAUUCAGAAAGUGAGAGAUGAUUUUUGUCUUAACAGUGGGGAAAGAAAGAUUUUUAUUUUGAAUGGAUCAGAUUGGACUGAAAUCAAAGCAGAAAAAGCAAUACCCCCCCCAUCCCCCACCCCCCCCCCCCCCCCCCCCCCCCCCCCUCCCGCCUUUAUUUUGGCUCCAGAAAGAUCAACAAGAUGUUGUGUGAAUCUGAGGCGGGCUGUGAUGCAGAGAAGAGACCUUUUCAAUAUUGCAAGUCUAUAGUUUUCCCAUCUCUCUUUGCAACCCUGCAUGCAGGACAUGUAUGGUAACCUCCAGUCAUCUCCCACAAUCCUCCCCCCGUGUAUGGAAAGCAUGGCCCAUGGUUCUCUCCUCUUCCUCCGUCCUCUGCCACAAAUAAGGCCUGGGUAUGCAAAAGCAAAACAAAAAAACACAAAAUACCCCCCCCCCCCCUCCUCUUUCCCCAUAAACCCCGAGAGGUGCAGGACCUCCCGCGAACGAAAAAAAACAAAACAAUCUGCUACUGCGAAACCAUGGAUGCGUCUUCAACUGCUAUUUUCAAUCAAUUUUUCUAUUGUUUUAAAAAAAAAAAA